AUGUCUGGACGUGGAAAGACCGGAGGCAAAGCCAGAGCAAAGGCCAAGACCCGAUCCUCUCGUGCUGGGCUGCAGUUCCCAGUCGGCCGUGUUCACAGGCUGUUGAGGAAGGGCAACUACGCUGAGCGCGUGGGCGCUGGAGCUCCCGUCUAUCUGGCUGCAGUGCUGGAAUACCUGACUGCUGAGAUCCUGGAGUUGGCUGGAAACGCUGCUCGUGACAACAAGAAGACCAGGAUCAUCCCCCGUCAUCUGCAGCUGGCUGUCCGCAACGACGAGGAGCUCAACAAACUGCUUGGCGGAGUUACCAUCGCUCAGGGCGGUGUUCUUCCUAACAUCCAGGCUGUGUUGCUGCCCAAGAAAACCGAGAAACCAGCAAAGAAGUAAAACUGCAGGCACUCUAAAACAAACCAACGGCUCUUUUAAGAGCCACCCAAAUCUCACUAAUGAGCGGGAUUUACUAUUAGAACAUACACACUUACUGAGGAAACCAUAACAUGGAUACUAGAUGUGAAAAUAAAUGUCUUUAUAAGAACAUAAAAGGAAACGUGAGGAAGCAUACAAAUCCUAAUAACAUAU